CACUAACAAAAUCAUCUUCCCUCAACAAAUCAAACAAGCUAAGUGUUUUGUGUAACGAAAACAAAAUAUGAGAAACCUCAAGUCCCUCGUUCUCUUGGCUUUGCUCUUUUCUCUCUCCCUCGCUGUUUUUGCGAACACAUCCAACGAUGCCACACAUGUUAAAGAUGAAGUGAAGCCAAGUACUGAAGCAACCGAUGCUAUAGAGCCGCAAAAACGUGAAGCUAAACCCCAGAUCGAGGAAGCCGAAGUCGAGGCCAAUGACGCUGUUGUAGAGCCCCAGCAAGGCUGGGGUGGUGGUGGUUGUAGGUACGGAUGUUGCGGUGGCUGGUGGCGUGGGCGGUGCAGAUACUGUUGCAGGAGUCCAGCCGAGGCCAGCGAAGUUGUGGAAACUGUUGAGCCCAACGAUGUUGAGCCUCAGCAGGGUGGCCGUGGCGGUGGUGGCGGCGGUGGCCGUGGUGGUUGUAGGUACGGAUGUUGCGGUGGCUGGUGGCGUGGGCGGUGCAGAUACUGUUGCAGGAGUCCAGCCGAGGCCAGCGAAGUUGUGGAAACUGUUGAGCCCAACGAUGUUGAGCCUCAGCAGGGUGGCCGUGGCGGUGGUGGCGGCGGUGGCCGUGGUGGUUGUAGGUACGGAUGUUGCGGUGGCUGGUGGCGUGGGCGGUGCAGAUACUGCUGCAGGACUCAAGCCGAGGCCAGCGAAGUUGUUGAAACUGUUGAGCCCAACGAUGUUGAGCCUCAGCAGGGCGGCGGUGGCGGCGGUGGCGGCGCUGGCCGUGGUGGUUGUAGGUAUGGAUGUUGCGGUGGGUGGUGGCGUGGACGGUGCAGAUACUGUUGCAGGACUCAAGCCGAGGCAAACGAGGUUGUUGAAACUGUUGAGGCCCAACAAGCUAAGCCAUAAAUUGGCGUGUAACACAAACUCUAUGUUUGUAUGCAUGUAUGCAUGGCUAAUUACCAGUACGUAUGUCAAAAUAAAACAAAAAUAGUGCCUAAGAAGGUACCUAGAGCUCAAUAAAAAUAAACCGUAGGUUCAUAUAAUAUGUAUUUUGUUAUGUAGUGUUUUUCUCGUGGAUGUUAUAAAAUUAUAACAACUGU